GCAGCCGUUGCUGGUCGGGAGGAGAAGCUGCGGUCGCUGCCUCGGCCCGAUCUUCCGUCUCCUUCCUUCAUCCUUUUGGUCUCCCCUCCCCCCACCCUUUCCCAUUCAAUUCUUGGCCCUGUCUGCCUCUCGCCAGCGGACUGACCAUGUCUGGUGGCUCUGUCGAGAAGCAGACCGGUCCUGCGGGGCCCCGCUUCCUCUCGCCACCGGCCGUGCCCCCGAAAAAUGGUUCGAGUUCAGAUACUUCAGUCGGGGAGAAGCUGGGGGCCGCCGGGAAUGACCCCGGCGCCGGCAGGACUGAAGAGUACCGGCGGCGCCGCCACACGAUGGACAAGGACAGCCGAGGGGCGGCCGCGAACACAACCACCACGGAGCACCGCUUCUUCCGGCGGAGCGUGAUCUGCGAUUCCAAUGCCACGGCCAUGGAGCUGCCCGGCCUCCCUCUGUCUUUGCCCCAGCCCGGGGCUGCCGCAGCCGCCGCCGCCGCCGCCCCCCCGCUGAGUCUUGCCCCGGAGCCCCACCGGGAGGAGCACUCGGCUGCCCCAGCAGUGUCUCUGGCGGCCCCACAGCCUCCGGCCCCCACUGCCCCUGCGGACCAUCCCGACGGCGGCCCGGCCUCUGCCGCCGGCCGCGACCCUACCGUCAAGCAUGCCCCAGCUGCUGCAGUCUCCAACCAUGUGGGCAGCAAAGAGGAGCCUGCGGCCGCCAGCAGUGGCAGCGGCGGCGGCGGCGGCGGCGGCAGCAGCACCCGGGAGCAAGAGGAACGGAGCCAGCAGCAGGACGACAAUGAGGAGCUGGAGACCAAGGCUGUGGGGAUCUCCAACGAUGGCCGCUUUCUCAAGUUCGACAUCGAGAUUGGCCGAGGGUCCUUCAAGACCGUAUACAAAGGCCUGGACACCGAAACCACCGUUGAAGUAGCCUGGUGUGAACUGCAGGAUAGAAAGCUGACAAAGUCAGAACGGCAAAGAUUUAAAGAGGAGGCUGAAAUGUUGAAGGGCCUUCAACACCCAAAUAUUGUUCGUUUCUAUGAUUCUUGGGAGUCUACCGUAAAGGGAAAAAAAUGUAUUGUUCUAGUGACUGAACUUAUGACAUCUGGAACCCUUAAAACGUAUCUAAAAAGGUUUAAGGUGAUGAAGAUCAAAGUUCUGAGAAGCUGGUGCCGUCAGAUUCUAAAAGGGCUUCAGUUUCUUCAUACCCGAACACCACCUAUUAUUCAUCGAGACCUUAAGUGUGACAACAUCUUCAUCACUGGCCCAACAGGAUCAGUCAAGAUUGGAGACCUGGGUCUGGCAACUCUGAAGCGGGCUUCUUUUGCCAAGAGUGUGAUAGGUACCCCAGAGUUCAUGGCCCCUGAGAUGUACGAGGAAAAAUAUGAUGAGUCCGUUGACGUGUAUGCUUUUGGAAUGUGCAUGCUUGAGAUGGCCACAUCCGAAUACCCUUAUUCUGAGUGCCAAAAUGCUGCGCAGAUCUACCGUCGAGUGACCAGUGGGGUGAAGCCAGCCAGCUUUGACAAAGUAGCAAUUCCUGAAGUAAAGGAAAUUAUUGAAGGAUGCAUACGCCAAAACAAAGAUGAAAGAUAUGCUAUCAAAGACCUUUUGAACCAUGCCUUCUUCCAGGAGGAAACAGGGGUACGAGUAGAACUAGCUGAAGAAGAUGAUGGUGAAAAGAUAGCCAUUAAGCUAUGGUUACGAAUUGAAGAUAUUAAGAAGUUGAAGGGGAAGUACAAGGACAAUGAAGCUAUUGAGUUUUCCUUUGAUUUGGAGAGAGAUGUCCCAGAAGAUGUAGCUCAAGAAAUGGUAGAAUCAGGGUAUGUUUGUGAAGGAGAUCACAAGACCAUGGCCAAAGCCAUCAAAGACAGAGUAUCCCUGAUAAAGAGAAAAAGAGAGCAGCGGCAGUUGGUAAGGGAAGAACAGGAGAAGAGAAAGCAAGAAGAGAUCAGUCUAAAGGAGCAAGCUGAACAACCAACAACUGUUUCUCAGGCUGGGACCAAACCAAUUCCUUCUACCACUGGCACAGUUACUGUCUCUACCACAUCAGCCUCAGUUUCUACCCAGGUGGAGCCUGAAGAACCAGAGGCAGAUCAACACCAACAGCUGCAAUAUCAACAACCUAGUAUAUCUGUGUUAUCUGAUGGAACAGUUGACAGUGGUCAGGGGUCUUCAGUCUUCACAGAAUCUCGAGUGAGCAGCCAGCAGACUGUCUCAUAUGGGUCUCAACACGAGCAGGCACUCUCAACAGGCACGAUCCCAAGCUAUACAGCUUCUGUUGUUCAAGCACAAUCCCAGCCCCAUGGUGUAUAUCCUUCCUCCACAGUGCCUCAGUCCAUGGUGCAUCCGUGUGGGGGGACCCCAACAUUCUCAGAACCACAGAUAUUUUUCCCAACCAUUCAUGAGCGUCCCGUCUCUUUUUCACCUCCUCCUACCUGCCCACCAAAGGUGGCCAUUUCUCAGCGUCGCAAGAGCACCUCCUUCCUGGAAUCCCAACCCCGCCACUGCCAGCCCCUGCUGAGGACUCUUGGCCAAAACCUUCGACCUGCUAGUAGUAGCCCAACUAAUUGGACUGCAGAGGCAGUGGUCAUGUUGGGUACUGCAGCCACUAGGGUUACUGGAGAGCCACAUGAGGUACAAGUUCAUCCUGUGUUUGAACCAACUCAAAUUUAUAGUGACUAUAGACCUGGACUAGCCCCUCCAGAAGAAGCUCACUAUUUGAUGCCUCAGGAAACAGUAUAUCUAGCGGGGGUACAUUACCAACCCCAGGGAGUGGAACACUAUGAUGGCAUAGCAUAUAAUUCCCCAGUGCUGUCAAAUCCUACAAAGCAAAUUCAUGAACAGAAGCUAAUACAAAGUGUUCCUCCCUCAAGUUCUGUCUUUGAAUUUCCAGCUGGUCAAGCUUUCCUGGUAGGACACCUUCAGAGCCUGAGGCUAGAUUCUGGAAUAGGUCCAGCUUCUCCCCUGUCAAGUAUCUCUGCUCCUGUCAGUGCAGAUGCUACAUGUUUGAAAUUUCACCCAAUUUUUGUUCCGCAUUCUGCACCUGCUGUGUUAACUCAUAGCAAUGAGGGCAGAACUGGCUGUGUAUUUGAAUUUCAUGUUCAUACACCAAGCUCUUCCUCUUCAGGAGAAGGAAGCGAUGCUUUAUCUCAGCGUGUUUACCGGAGUCUUCAGGGGACCACUGACUUUAAUCAGGAAGGGCCUUCUCUUCAGCCAAUUGGAUUGCAUGGUCGCCUACAGCCUGUGACUGAAGAACAGUAUAAUUACCAUAGUCCAGAAUUGACUGUUCCCACUAUGGAGCCCAGACAGAAUUGGCCAGUUGGAAGCCCAGAGUACUCCAGUGAUUCAUCACAAUUGACAUCUUCUGAUAUAGGAGAUUUCCAGUCACCUCCCCCUACAGGGGGAACAUCUGCACCUUUUGGCUCUGACUUCUCAUUGCCCUGUAUCCAUCUGCCUCAGACAGUGUUACAAGAGUCCCCACUUUUUCUCUGCUUUUCCCAGGGUACCACAGCUCAGCAAGCCUUAUCAGCUUCACUCUCUUCAGGAGGAUCUACUCUCUAUCCUCAGACACAGGCACAGAGCCAGAGUCAUCUGGCUUCAAGUAACUUAACUGGGAUUCCAUCUUCCCAAACAGCACAACAUGCACAGCAGGGUGUACAAGCAGCCCCUUCUCAGCAGACAGGGCAAUAUCUUCUUCCCCAGUCAGCCGCAUCUGGUGUAGCUACAACUGCACAGCCAGUGACUCAGCCUCAGCUUCCACAGGUCUUGCCAAUGCCUCAAGUAUCAGUUGGGAAGCAGGGCUUCCCACCUCGACUGCCACCUCAGUACCCAGGAGACUCAAAUAUUAUUCCCUCCUCCACCGUGGCUUCUGUUUGCGUCCCUUCUACAGUUCUGUCCCCUCCCUUGCCCACGGAAGCAUUGGCUCCACCAGGGUAUCUUCCUGCAGUUGUGCAGCCUUAUGUGGAGCCAAGUGUUUUGGUUCCAGUGGGUGGUCUAGGAGGACAGGUUCAAGUACCCCAUUCAGCAAUGAGCUUAGCACAGCAGGCCCCCUCUGCUGCACCCUCCCAGCAAGCAGCUCUGGAGAGCACUCAGGGUGUUUCCCAGUCCAGUCCUCCAGAACCUGUGCCAUCAGCACAGCCACAGACCGCCACAUUGGUCUCCUCUAUAGAUAGUGCACAUUCAGAUGUUGCUUCAGGUAUGAGUGAUGGGAAUGAGAACGUUCCAUCAUCCAGUGGGAGACACGAAGGGAGAACUACAAAACGUCAUUAUCGGAAGUCUGUACGGAGUCGUUCUCGUCAUGAGAAGACUACUCGCCCCAAAUUGAGAAUUCUUAACGUAUCAAACAAAGGAGACAGAGUAGUGGAAUGCCAGUUAGAGACUCACAACCGGAAAAUGGUUACAUUCAAAUUUGACCUGGAUGGUGAUAAUCCUGAAGAGAUAGCAUCAAUUAUGGUGAACAACGAUUUUAUUCUAGCAACAGAGAGAGACUCAUUUGUGGAUCAAGUGCGAGAAAUCAUUGAAAAGGCUGAUGAAAUGCUCAGUGAGGACGUUAGUGUGGAACCAGAAGGUGACCAAGGAUCAGAGGGCUUACAAGCAAAGGAUGACUAUGGUUUUUCAGGAUCCCAGAAAUUGGAGGGAGAGUUCAAGCAACCAAAUCCUGCAUCUUCUAUGCCUCAGAGAGCAGGUGUUUCCUCCAGUUCCUUAACUCAAGUUGUACAUUCAGCUGGACGGCGGUUCAUAGUGAGUCCUGUACCAGAGAGUCGGUUACGAGAAUCAGUAUUUUUCACCGCUACAUCCAGUGAAAUGUCAGACAGAGCUGCUGUCGCUGCAUCCCAUGGCCCUGUCAUGAAUCUGUCUCAUUCUGCUUCAUCCCUAAGUUUGCAGCAGGCAUUCUCUGAACUCAGACAUGCUCAAAUGGCAGAAGGACCCAGUACAGCUCCCCCAAACUUCAGCCAUGCAGGACCAAUCUUUCCAACUGUACCUCCCACCAUGACUAGCAUGGCUGUAGUCUUCCCUCCCACAGCAACAGCUGUGCCUUCAGUAUCAGUCCCUGCAACAAGUAGCCCUUUUAAUAGUGUUUCUGCUCCAGUCAUUCAAUCUGUGGUCACCAUGCCUACUGAAAAGAUAAUUGCAGGAGUUGCCUCCAGUGCAGGUGUAUUAACUUCAAGUUCUUUCCCUGUAACACAAGUGUCUGGACCACCCUUAAUUACCAGUGUGGUUUCCAGCAUUACUAUUCCUGCAGCUGUGUCAUUGUCUACUACAACUGAAUCAAUUCAAGCCCCACCAGUUGGGGCAGUUAUGUCUAGUGCUGGCACUUUUCCUCCUGCAGCAGUACCAGUAGCUCCAGUUCCUGGAAUAGGCAGUGCUGUUCCCCCAAGUGCUAUCACCCCAGCUAUGACUUCUCAACCUGCCCAGAUUGCAGCAAGUAUAGCUGUAGCAACCACCCUGGUUUCCACAUCUACCACCACUCCAUUCCCAAGCAUGGCUUCACAGCCACCUCUUCAGCUCAGUAGCAGCAACUCUGCCCCUAGUCUAGCUGAAACAGUGGUGGUUAGUGCACUCCAUCCUAAGCAUGAUGGCACACAUUUAUCAGACAAGCCACCCCUCAGCAGUAAUGUGGGGCUAUCCCUGCCCCUAUCGUCUUCCUCUGGAGCCGGGAUAUCUGAUUCAACUAGUCAGCCCAGUGCAGUGCAUCCUUUGCAAGUCCCAUCUGCUGUUGCUUCUCCUCCUGUCCUUUCACAGGCAGGAGGAGCCAUCUCCACCCCGGUAUUGCCGCAGGUACCUUUACCUGGUAUCCUGCCCCUAGCACAGCCUGUUACCAAUGUACCUGCUGUACAGCAGACACUAAUCCAUAGUCAACCUCAACCAGCUUCACUUCCCAACCAGCCCCACACCCACUGCCCAGAAAUAGAAACUGAUACACAACCCAAAGCCCCUGGUAUUGAUGAUAUAAAGACUCUGGAAGAAAAACUGCGGUCUCUCUUCAGUGAACACAGUUCUGUUGGAGCCCAGCAUGCCCCUGUCUCACUGGAGACAUCAUUGGUAGUGGAGACCACAGUCAUGCCAAGCAUCCCAACCACCGCCGUUGCACCAAGCAAGCUCAUGACUUCUACCACAAGUACUUGCUUACCACCAAGCAGUUUGCCUCUAGGAACAACUACUGGUUUGUCAGUUGUUACACCAGUGGUCACACCUGGGCAAGCUGCCACUCCAGUCAGCUAUGUUCCAGCCUCAACCAGCAUUGCAGCAGGGGUGAAACCUGGAACCCCUCCCUCAAAGCCACCUCUUACCAGGGUACCGGUGCUGCCAGUAGGUACUGAACUUCCGUCUAGUACCCCACCCAGUGAGCAGCUGCUGCCUUUUCCAGGACCUUCACUAACACAGUCUCAGCAACCUCUAGAAGAUCUUGAUGCUCAGUUAAGAAGAGCCCUUAGUCCAGAGACUGUCCCACUCACAUCUUCAGUUGCUCCCACAUCAGUUGUGGCUCCAACAUCAGUUGCCGGGGCAGUGCCGGUGGUAGUUCCAGCUCAGAGAGCAGCUCAGAGCAUAGACGAUAAGACCAUAAUGACCAGCUCAGAGGCCAGUGUCCUUAAGAUGGGCCGGUUUCAGGUAUCAGUUGCAGUAGAUGAUUCCUUGAAGGAGAGCAAAAGUAAGUCAGAAGAAGUAAAGUCUGUACAUUUUGAAUCAAGCACUUCAGAGUCUUCAGUGUUGUCAAGUAGCAGCCCAGAAAACACUCUGGUGAAGCAGGAGCCUGGUGGAAUUGCCACAGCUCUAUGUGGCACCUCCUCAGAUGUGGUUGAUGGUGUUCCUUCUCAGAAAACUUCUGCUACACAGACAAAGCCAGAAGUUGAGCAGCCCACCACAGUUGGCCGUUUUCAGGUGACACCUACGACAGACAAAGUUGGCCGAUUCUCUGUGUCAAGAACUGAAGACAAGGUCACCACUGUGAUAGAGAGAGAGCCACCUGUGGCACACCCUUUAUUGGAUUCUGAACAGGCUGUUCCUUCUACUGUAGCACCAAAGAAAGAAAUGCCUGAACUGUCAGAGCCAAGCCAUCUUAACGGGCCGUCUUGUGACCUGGAAGCUGCCUUCCUAAGUAGAAAUAUGGAUGAUGGUUCAGGUAGCCCACAUUCUACUCACCAUUUGGGCUCAAAAGGCAGCCUUCCCAUCCAGAGCCUUAGCCAGAGCCUUAGUAAUUCAUUCAACUCCUCUUACAUGAGCAGUGACAAUGAGUCAGACAUUGAAGAUGAGGACUUGAAGUCAGAACUACGUCGAUUACGAGAAAAGCACCUUAAAGAGAUCCAGGACUUACAGAGUCGCCAGAAACAUGAAAUUGAAUCUCUGUAUACCAAAUUGGGCAAAGUUCCCCCUGCAGUCAUCAUUCCCCCAGCUGCUCCACUCUCAGGGAGAAGAAGACGACCCACUAAAAGCAAAGGCAGCAAGUCUAGCCGAAGUAGUUCUUUAGGAAAUAAGAGCCCCCAACUUUCAGGCAACCUGUCUGCUCAGAGUGCAACUUCAGUCUUGCACCCCCAGCAGACACUCCAACCUCCUGGCAGCAUCCCAGAGACUGGGCAGAAUCAACUGUUACAGCCCCUUAAACCAUCUCCCUCCAGCGAGAACCUCUAUUCAGCUUUUACCAGUGAUGGUGCCAUUUCAGUACCAAGCCUUUCUGCUCCAGGCCAAGGGACCAGCAGUACAAAUACAGUGGGAGGAGCAGUCAAUAGCCAAGCCCCACAGGCCCAACCACCCAGCAGAAAGGGUACAUUCACAGAUGAUCUACACAAGUUGGUAGACAACUGGGCCCGAGAUGCCAUGAAUCUCUCAGGCAGGAGAGGAAGCAAGGGACACAUGAAUUACGAGGGCCCUGGAAUGGCAAGGAAAUUUUCAGCACCUGGACAGCUCUGCAUCUCCAUGACCUCUAACCUGGGUGGCUCUGCCCCCAUAUCUGCAGCAUCAGCUACCUCUCUAGGUCACUUCACCAAGGCUAUGUGCCCCCCACAGCAGUACAGCUUCCCAGCUGCUCCCUUCAGCGCUCAGUGGAGUGGGACAAGUGGCCCAGCACCGCCACCCCUCAGUCAGUUCCAGCCUGUAGGGACUGCAUCCUUACAGAGUUUCAACAUCAGCAAUUUGCAGAAAUCCAUCAGCAAUCCCCCAGGUUCAAACCUGAGGACAACUUAGCCAGACCUAUAUACGGGACUGGGUAGACUGUGGGGGAGGGGAGAUAGCCUAUAUACUAACUACUAUGCUGCAUCUAACUGGUUGUUUCUUGCCAGAAGAAUGUUUCUAACCACCAUACUUAACCCUCAGGAUGGAGAAUCUCCCUUCUUUCCUCAUGUCUUGGAGGGACAGGGAAAAAGCAGUUUCUUAGGAAGGGUCAGCUUCUUAUUAAGCUUCCCUGUAUCCAACAGCCAGGGCAGUGAAAAAGAGAGAAGUCACUGGGACAGCUACUGGAGAUCUCAUUAUCAAAGCAAAACCCACCUGUGCUCUGAGGGUCAAAGUCCUAGCAUGAGGCCAUUUUAAUAGCACACUUGAUGUCUUGCCCUAAAUCCCUUCCCUACAGUUACCUGCCCUCCACCCCAAGAGUCCAGACCACAGGAUAAAAAUUUAUUGGGAUCUUUCUUUCCCACCAUUCCCUUUCAACUCACCUUCCUUGGAGCCCAGGCACUGGGGAGCUCAAGCAGAAUGGAGUUGCAGCUCUUGCUUUAAAAUAGGUCAUACUGCUUUUAAGUAAACAAUAUUAAUAGCUUUGACUGCAGCAUUAGCCAUUUAAAUUGUUUUUUUAAAGUUCCCUGCGGACAUGUAACUUUGCCAUCAGUUUUGAUGUGGAAACACUGUGAUAUAUAAAUGUUGUUGGACAACAGUAGUUAAGAGUGGAAUAUAGAGGGUUAAAAAAAGUUCAAAAAAAGCUAGCUAUAUCCGUAUACUUAUUGGAGACACUUUAACUUUUUCCUUUGUAUUUCCAUUGUAUUAGAUAAAUAAAUGUGAAUGUAAAAUUGUAAAAUUACUGUACUUGAAUACUUGUCUGUUCUCCCAGUAUUGCUUGCUGGACAUUUUAGUGCCUUGGACUUCUAUUGCUUCUGCAGUUAGUAUCAUCUUCCCAGCAGACCCCAGCCAGAGGACAGGUUGGAAGAACCUUUAGGUCCAUGUGAUCCAGGAUUAGGUAUACCACUGGGCAAACCAGUAUCAAAAGGUACUUUUAAACCAUCCAGGAAGCUUUGCCCAAAGCAGGUCUUGAAAGAGGGUGGGAGGGGUUAUGUUGAGAAAGUUGGUUGGAGGCAGGAGUAUAGGGGGGAAAGUGAUUUUAACUAUAUUGAGCAGUUAGGUUGAGGUCCUAGGGAGUGGUAUGUAUUAAGUAGUAGAAAGAAAAGUUUAAAGGAUGAAGAGGAAGCUUGUUUAUAGAUAAUGACAUCUGCUAGCCAAGCUCAUUCCUUUCAGGAGCCUUAUUAUUCCAGAGUAAGACCGGAGAAGGCAUCAGAUGGAGUAUUGUCUGGAAAAAGUUGAACUUAAAAGGUUGGCUUGGUUCUUAAGCCAUCAAGUGGUCCUGAAGGGGCAAAAAACAUGAAGAGGAGGGUUGCUUGAGAGAUAUCUGCUGGGAAUGUUUUCCUUUCCUGUGCACCAGGGUCCUCAACCUGAAACAAUAACCAUUGCAGGCCCUGAAACCACUGGUAUCUAAGCCACUUCUACUUAUGAAAGAAAAAACUAAUUUUUCCCAUUCCUCCUUUCCUUGAGAUGCCCAAGUGCUAUCAAAAACAUAACUUAUUGUGCCACCUUUUAUACAUUUCUACAUCUACUUACAAUUUCCUCUCAUCUUUUCAUUCAGAAAUAAGAAUUCCCUGAAUAAUACUGCAGUAUUACUCAGUGCUGCAUCUAGCUAUGUUGAGGUCGAGUCACAUGUCAUGGUCUUGUGCUACUCCAGAAUAUUCAAGGCUCCAACGGGGAAAAAAAAGACUUGCCUAUUAUUUGGUAUUUCUGCUGUCAAUAGAUAUAUGGAAGGUACUUGGACUUCUAUUUCUGUGGGUGUUUCUCUGCUCCCAUAAUAAAGGGGAGAGAAAUGUUUCCAACCCCUGAUCCAGUUUUGAUUUACAGCAGAGGACACCUUGUAAAACAAAAACUUGAUCACAUAUGGUGGCAAGAGUGGCUAUCCUGCAUGUUCUUUGAAUGGUCUAUUUUCUGAGUUAAAUGGUAUAAGGCUAUAAAGCUGCAAAGUAAACAGCUAAAUUAUUUAGGGAAACAGAAAAGGUGGGAGGGAUGGUGAACCUUCAUAACCAUAACAUUUUGCUUUUUUUUUCUUAAUUUUAAGAAAAAGGCCUUGCCUAAAAUGGAGGGGGGAGGAGAUGAUAGGGUAAGGGUGGAACAAAAAAGAUCCCAAUAAGUGAGAAAUGAGCCAUCUAAUAGGACAGAAAUAGGAGAGGUGACAACAUUCUGCCAGAAAAACUGGGCAGCCAAAUGCAGCACAUAGUUAUUUAACUAUUUUGGUUUAAAAGUUUGAGGGGCUUUUCACUUACAAAAACAUUUACCAGGUUAAACAUUUACCAAGAACUGGUUUUUAUUUACUAUUGAUUUCCCACCUGUGGAUGAAAUAACUGAAACCUAGAGGAAUAAACUAAUGCUACUGAACUGUUUAAAUUAUUUUGUGUUAAUAGUACACUUUGAGUAUCUUUUUCCACAUUUAAAAAAAAAACGUUUCUUAAUUACAAAUGUUUUCUUUACAUUAUUUAACAGUGUACACUGUAAAAAAAAAAAUAAAAUGAAUUCAAACCUUGGGGGUUUCUGAGCAGCCGUUAAUUGUACAUUUUGCACUAACUGGCCGUCGCGCUUCUUGUAAGAUUGCGCUUUGCGCUGCAGUUUGUUACCUUUGUAGACUUAUUUAAUGAAACCAUUCAAAUAAACCGAACUUGCUUUUGUUGA